AGGAGGGGGAAAGACUGAGUUUCCAAGAUGGCGGCGGCGUAACUUGUUCGUUGGAAAACAAUAGAAGCGGUUCAGAGGGAGACUCAUCCCGCUGUUCCCAGGAAUUCGCUCCCAAACAGCUCAUCUCCGACGCGGGCUCAGUCGAGGGAAAGAUUAUCCGCGGUGGUAACUCUGGGGAGACGGAUUUAAAGUAUGAUGGUUCAUUUAAAUGUUUCGGGCUAGCUGUGUUGCUAGCUAGCCGAACCCAAACAGCGUUAGCAGCUAGCGGCUAACGACUAGCGGGAGGAUCAGCUGUUCGGCGGACAGAUGCUGUAGGAGCGCGGACAGCAGCACUCUCACAGUAAGUCCAUUUAACUCUAACUGUGCUUCACAUGUCCUGAAAGUCUGGCGGUUUGUUUUCUCGCGGGUCAAAUUAAAUUUUUUCAUUAGCUGACAAGUUGUUAGCCAGUCAGCUAAUCCCUUGCUAUCCGGGCUAACCCCCAGCAGCCGAGGGGAGUAAAGUUUGAGGGGAGUUAUGGAGCCGUUAGGAGGUUGCCGGGAGCGGAGCACUGCCGGUAACGGGCAGGUGGAUGAGGAGACGGAGACUAGCUCCAGACCAGGCUCCGUGUAACUCGUUUUCGGGAGGGUUUAAGGGGGUUUUGAGGCUCCAACUUUGGGUUAGAGUGGAGGAAUGUGCUAGCUGAAGUUAGCCCAGCGGGACUGAGUUUAAGGCAGCAGCCCGUCGCUCAGACUGGACUGUUAAUAACCAGGGGCGGGGGGAGCAGGAGCAGCUGAGGGGGUUAAGUCAGGCCCGCAGAGGUUGUAGCAGGACUCCGGUAGCUUUACACAGCUAAUUAAACGAGCUGUUGUACACGAGAGCAGGUAGAUGAGGAGGCUGGAUGGUGCUGCCCCCGAAAACCUGACCUCUCCUCUUCGGCAGUGAGUGCGACUGAAGGCCGUUAGCAGCACAAAGGCCGCCUCCAUGGAGCCAGCACCGGAGUCUUUGUAAAGGGUGAGGGGUGGGUGUAGACGCCAGAUUCAGCAAUUUAUGGACGAAACCUGAGGCGGGAGUUUACUACAAGUCUUUAUUGAUGAUGGCGGAUUUUGUUACACCGCGACGCAGCGAGGUGAUGGAGCGGCUCCGCCGGAGGAUCGAGCAGUUCCGGCAGCAUCACAACAGCUGCGAGGAGCGCUACAUGACCGCGAUGAUGGAGCGGCAGGAGUUGGAUCGGCAGCAGACCUACGCCCUGCACCAACGCUGCCUGCAGUCCAAAGCCAAGCGGUCCAACAAGCACCGGCAGCACCAGCCCAGCGGCGAACAGGCCGGGCAGAGAGCGCCGGGAAGCGGCGGAGGAGGCAGCAGCGCGGAGCACGGAGAAAGUGGAGGGACGGCGGGGGAGCAGAGCCGGAACAGCACGCUGAUAGCGCUGCAGGAGACGGUGAAGAGGAAGCUGGAGAGCGCCAGUUCUCCGUUGGGUAGAGAUCAGGUCAACGGUUACAGCGACAGCUUCCCCCCCAGCCAGAAAGCCUGUCUGGACAACGGUACCUCCAACGGCACCCCCCUGGACUCCAAGCUGGAGAUCAGCAACUCGCUCAACUCUAACGGGACUCACGGGGCUGUGGGCGAGUCAGCGGACAGUUGCAGGGAGCCAGGUUCGGACUUCCAUCGGAAAGAGAUGAAGCAGGAGCCAGAUGACAUCUUGCCCAUCAUGCCACCAUCAGGUGGCAAUAACAGCCUGUUCCCUGACCUGAACCUGAAUGACCAGGAGUGGACGGAGCUGAUGGAGGAGCUGAACUUCCCUGUGGACUACGAAGACAUUCAGGACAUCCUUAAUGAUGGCUUUGAGGACCGCAAAGAUCCUCUGGAACUGGCAGCCACUCAGGGUGGUGGUGGGGCUGUGGGGGCAGGAGUAGGUGGGGGAGGACAGUCGUCCCAGGUUUUACUUCCUCCAGAUUUGGUGAGCGUGAAGUCUGAGUUUUCCCCACCUUCUGCUGUCUUCGAGCAGGAUUCUCGUACUGGCUCCCCCCAAGUCAGAUCCACGCCCUCUGGGGCACCUCCUCACCCAACCACCUCCCCUGUCGCCUCCUCCUCUGCCUCUUCUCCAGCAAUUACUCCCUCCCAGCCUGCCCCUCCCAGGCAGAUCCAACCUCCACCCAACCACCACCUCCCUCCUGGGCCCAAAGACUUGUCCCCUGCCCAGCAGCUCCAGCAGCUGGCUGCUCAACAGCAGAGAGCCCAGCACCUCCACGGACAGAUGCAGCACAAACCACAGCAGCAACCAGGAGCCAAGUUCCACAGCCAGGGAGCCCACGCCCACCCCCCAGCGUGGCCCCAGAUGGCCAGCUCCUCUCAAAGCUCACUAGGGGGUGCUUUUGGUAUGGACAAGUCCACAAGCCCCUCCCUUUAUCCGCAGGAUUUCAAUCCCAACACCCAGAAGCAGCUGCUUAUGACCAGUCAGCCCAACAAGGCCUCUCCAAAGGCGGGGGCCGGCAACUUCAUGCCGGGAUCUGCCGGGCACCCCAACAUGCUGGGUCACUCAACUUCAGGGCCGCCUCUCGGCCACCCACCGGUGGCUGGAGCUCAGGCCCCAGCCGCCAUGCUCAAUUACAACAACACCAAACCCCUGUCACACUAUGAGGCGGGGCCCGGAGCACCGCGACCCUCUAACACUCAGAACCCAAAGGCCCUGCUGACGCUGCUCCAACAGCAGCAGCGCCUCAAACAGAAGAGUGGCGUGAACUAUCGCCAGCAUAUACCACACCCACAGGACCAGAGCACUUACUCCGCUCCUCCCCAUGGCCCGGGCCCUGCCAAUACCAUGGCCUCCAAACCAGGAAACAAUGGCAUGGCAGGUAACCAUGGUAAUGCAGCGUACCUGAACAGUCAGGUUGCGGCAGCGGCGGCACGGAAACAACAGCAGCAGAUCCUGGAGCAGCAGAAGCAGCAGCAGUUCAUGCAGAGACAGCAGCUAAUGGCCGAACAGGAGAAGCAGCGUCAGCAGGACCAGCAGCUGCAGCGACACCUGACCCGACCCCCCCCACAGUACCAAGACCAGCCUGGAACACCGGCCAAUCAGACGCCUUACUCACAGCAGCCGACCAACCAGUUUACAGCUUCCUCUCAGCCAAUGGGCGGCGUCAGCUCCAUGGGAGGCCCUGCCCCUGGGUCCCGUAUGUUCCCUCAGAACCAAGGCAUGAUAAGCAUGAACAUGGGUCAGGGUGGUGGACCAGCAGGUGGUGGAGCACCUCCCCCGCCAGCAAGUCAAGCUGACAUCAGUCUGCCGUCCUGUGGGGGUGGCGGGGGCGGCGUGGACGUCCUCUACAACAACAUGAACAUUCACCCCAACCACACAGCCCACCCACCGCAACAGCCCAGCCUGCAGCGCCAGCCUCUAAACACCAUGACCGCCCCCUUCAGGCAGAACCACUUGGCUCAGCAGCAGCACCUAAAAACACCCACCAGUGCCGCCAUGUUGAAGCAGCAGCAUAUGGCAGCUGCCGCCCGCCUGCCGGCCUCCAUGCAAGGCAACAUGGGGGGCAACAUUCCAGGCAGCCAGAGCACCACCUGGCAGCAGCAGCUUGCCAACCAGCCACCUUCCAGUAACACAGGCCUGACCCCCAAUGCCUUCAGCAACCCCCCCAAUGCCUUCCACAUGCAGCAGCAGCCUUGCAUUCCCAAGAUGCCAUCUGGCACCUUUGGCGCCAACCCCACUGGACGUCCAAUGGGAGGUCUUAAUCCUGGACAACAAAUGAUGCAGACAAACAUAACAGCUGCCCAGCAGAGGCCGCCGCCCAACCCUCAAAGUCUGGGCCAGCCAAUGGCCAAUCAGCAGCAGGCUCAGCAGCAGCAGGCCCCCCAGAACCAGGCUGUCCUCCCCGACCUAGCAGCAUUCGGACAGCCACAAGGCAAUGGCCGCCAGGGACUACAGUGUAACCAAGGAUACCAGGUGAGCCGGACAGUCAGUCAGCAGCAGGUGUCAUUUGGAUACAACGUGGCUUCAGGGAGUUUUCCUGCCGAGAGUGAGCUGGUGGACUCACUGCUGAAGGGACAGAGCGCGCAGGAAUGGAUGGCCGACCUUGACGAACUGCUCGCCAACCACCACUAGUCUCACACACACGAAGCUUGCAGAGUGAGCCACCAACCAAAUCCUGCUGCCACCAUGUCUAAAGGAUUAAUUUCUUUUUUCAGACGGGAGGUUGGUGUGUUAGCGUUAGCCGCUGGCCUGCUGUAAAUGCAGGAGGCUGGUGGCUGUGUCACGUUCUCAACUGUCAGAGAAAUCUGUCAGCACCACACACGCACAAACUGGCCACCGAAUAGUUGCAGCGCGAUGAAGAAACGCGAAGUAUUCGGAGUGUCUGUAUGCAGCCAUGUUCUUGCUCAGAGGCACUGGGGUCAGCUGAGUCAGCUGAUCAGAGCAGCUGAGCUGCUCUCCGGUGUUUCCCACAGGUCAGACUGAAUUCAUGGGCAGGAGCGCCCGCACUUUCAUCAUUAAAUCAAUAACCAGCUGCCUCUCCAGGAAGUUCCUCAUCUCUCUGAACUCCAGCUCCUCCAUCUUGGACCACAGCUGGUCGUCCUACUCUGGAGUCGUGGUAAGGUCAUCAUACCUGCUUUAGGUUCUGGUUGCAGUAACCUGCCAGCUCACCACAGCUCCAGAGAAGAGCACCAUCUGCGGUCCACAAGGAUCCGUAUGACGGCGAGAUGACGGACUCUCUGGAAAGCAGCUGAAUGAGCAAGUGAGCCUGUGGAAAACACGGCAGGAAGGGCCAGGGCAGUGACUGAACUUCCAAAAUAAAAGCGAUGGGAUUGUCCACUAUGAAACUGAUCGUGUUGUCGUUUUGAGUGAAAAUCAUCGUGAAAUGUCCCCGUGUGGUCCCCGUGUGGUCCUCGAAGGUGAAACCUGUGGGUGGGGAAACACGAGGCUCCAUUCAGAAAUCUGUCAGAUUAAACGCUCCUGGUAGAAAAGUCCUCAAAGUGAAUCCAAAAGUAAAAACGUCACAAAUUGACCCUCACAGUCCUGCGAUCAGUUUCCCGUCAUGGGUGCACUGAUACGAAGAAGUGCUGCCAAAGGAAUAAAACCGGGUUUUUGGGUUUUUACGGAGGAAAAAAUCAGCAGAUUAAGUUCAUUCUUCAUAUUCAUGUAAAUGGCCGCCACUUCAUUUUAAGCUGCUGUGGUCUCUGAAGGGCCACACUGACCUGCCAAGCUUUGGCCUCACAAAAAAAGCUGUUCUUUCUGACAUCACUCAAACAUUUCACUAAAAUGCAGCCUUGCCAGAUUUAACUGGGAUAAAAUGACCACCCAGCAGGCAUGUUUGGGCCUAAUCUGGGCAGAUUUUGGUGCGGCCCUGACAAACAUGGGCCAGAAGUGAAGAGCCAGGUUUAACGUGAUGCUAUUGGACUGUAGUUAUUGUCUCUCAGCCUUUUCCAGUUCCUCCUGCUCCAGAAACACAGGCCUUCCCAGAUCAGAUCUGUAGUCCCUGCAGGGAAUUCCAGGUCCUGUCAGCUCAGAUAGUGAUCUUAUUUGGAACUAAUCUGGGCUAACUGGCACAAAUGUAGGCAGUGAUGUUUGGCCUUUGACGGUGAGCCUGUGGCUGACGGUCUAACACAGAGCCCGAUGUGGGCCAGACAUUCACUGCUGUGUGGUUGUUCUCUUUGCUUCCACCUCGUGUUGUGUGAUAAACAUCACCGUAUAUCUGCUGAUGGACAGAAUGAGAGCUGAGUGAUGCUCUGAGAGCUCCGUGGGUCUGGAUGGGAUUCGGAUCAGAGCCUGAAAAACUCUGAUGCUCAAACCGUAAAUUUUUCUCCCGUUUCCCCCACCCAGGAGCUGAGUCUGGAUCAGCUGCUUUUAAAGGAAUUGAAACCAGGAGGUCGAGGCCUGGUUUUAUUUUCCUUUGUGUUAAACAUGUUUGUGACCCUUUGCCCGAAGGUUUCCUGACUUUAAUGAAGCUACCUGAAGUUUUUCUGGUUCAGCUGGUUUUUCUGGUUUCUGAAGUUGGUUCUCUACCACCAGGAAUGUAAACCUAAACGCCUGCACGCUGUCUGUAAAUGGAGACGAACGCUGUGGGCACACACAAAAAUACUCACACGCUGCAGUACAAUUACUACUGAACCCGUGGCUUGGCGCUGAACCGCUGUCCUUGCCUUUUAAAGGACCAUACCUCUGUUUUUACAGCUUUGAAUACAUUAUUUUUCUGGUUUUGCAGGUUGAUUUUCAUACUGUAGGCAAAUGUGUGGAAAGCUUUUCUCCACACACAUUUAAAUAUUUCUAACAACGGAGCUUUCUUUGUUCAGGGAAAUGAGCUGCAGUCAGAUCGAGCUUUUUUCCCAGCGGAGUUUCAUCUGUUGAAUUUCAGUCAGCUGGUUGCAGAAAUCCUCCGCAACUCAGUUUGAUUGAAAAAAACCAAAAAAACAGAGAAAUGGUCCUUUAAACUCGUACAAAGCAGCCGGAGAAGCAGGAGCGUCUGUACUUGGUGUUAACCUGCAGGUGAACAGGUGAACCUUGGCCUGACGGGAGCCUGUGGUGUCACUAAUGUUGUUUUUCUCCUUUAAUCAGAACAUUUUACCCUGAGUGUGGUCUGAUGGGUGGUGGCUGCUUGAAGGCCUGUGAGUCUGACGCGUUGUGAAACUGUCCGACUGAGGGUGAAAGUUUCACUCAGAAAUCGAGUAAAAUGAUUUUUAAAUAUCAGUUUAAACAUUUACAGCCUCCUCCUUUAAAUCUGCUACAUAUGUGGCAAACAUUCAGGAAACCCCACUUUCCCAGGUAAAAGUCCUUGGCCAUAUCCUUCUUUGUACAUGAACUUUAUUUUCACCUGGAUUGGUCUAAAAGGCCUCUGAUUGGCCAGAGUUUCCUGUCCCAGGUGAUAUUUUUAGAGUCCAGGGACAUUCAGAAGUCUAGUUUCUUCUCUAACUGUUCAAACAUAUGUGCCAAGCUUUUUUUUUUUUUUUUGUCCAAUGACAUCUGAGAUAUUUCCGGUACCUUCUUUCAUGCCAGCUGUCAUUUAAGAUUACAAUAAAAGACUGAAUAAAAGUAAUAAAACGAAACAUUUCCAUUUGAGGCUUUUUUAAUUUUAAAAUGGAAAUUAAUUUUGGCCCAAACGAACUCUUCACCUGUCCAUCAGGUCGGUCACACUCAGACACACCUGUGGAUCCUGCAGGUAGAAAUGCUUCCCGGUCCUGUUCCGUGUUGGAGACGCAGUGACGGCGUCUUCACAGACUUUGAGUGGUAUUCCGUUGUGUCCACACAGUUUCUCACUGCCACCAUUGAUCGGAUUGUUCUGACGGUUCUGUUUAAGGUGGAGUGGCGAUCCGGUCGUCCUAUCUACUGUACUGUUUUCCACAUCUUCAGAGAUGGUGUGUGUGUGUGUGUGUGGUGUGUUGUGUGUGGUGUGUGUGUGUGUGUGUGUGUGUGUGUGCGCGGCCAUGCUGCUGUUUUUGUUGCUGAUUGAUCGCUCGGGGCUGGUUUCGUGUUUUCACCCAAAGCGCUGCCGAUCUCCCGGCCACCUUCAGCAUCCGACCUCGCCCUGCCUCCCGGGUUUUCUGGGGUUAAAUGUCGUAGGCAGGCUCUGUGUAAAUGUCUAUAAAUAUAUUUUUUUGUAUGUAUGCCUUUCCUAAUGAUCUGGAGAAGAUAGAUGUUAUUUUUAUAUAUUGCAGCGGAUUUUUUUUGUAAGUAUUUUAUACUUUUGAUAUGGUUCUCUGUAAAACAAGAGUAUUAUGUAAAUAUAGUUCUUUAGAAACUGCUGGUCUGCGUGU